AUGACGCAGAUGAGAAAGGAAAUGAAGACUCCCUCCGCUCCAGCUGUUGCUGCUGGCCCACUUGAUCCCCUUGAUGAAGAGCCGGCCCCUGCCAGGCACCUUUCCCUUGCCCAGGCACCCAGGGCUGCCGAUCUUGCUGUCGAGGGAAUUCCGAAUAGAAGACGACAUCGCGGGAAUUCCGGAUUUGGGACCAAGCGCAGAUGCUUCCGCUGUGAUCAGACCGGACAUCUGGCUAGGGAAUGUCACCUCUCUCCUGCUCAGUCCAUGGAAGUCGACUUGCCUCAGAAUGCUACAGUUGAGAGCAGAAGUGUCAGAAGAACUGCAGUUAAAAGAUCAAUGAACAGACACAUACCCCAGGAGGCUGGCAUUUAUGCCCAGCUUGUGAACACAGAUGAUAACAAGUCUUUUGCUUCUUUCUAUGGUGGUUCAUUCCAAGGAAAUAGAAAAGCAGACUAUUUGAGACUUCCACCUCUGAAGACCUGUCAAGAACCCCUUUCUAAUUCUCCAACCACUGCAACUGUCAACAAGGACACACGCUACAAAGAUGAUAAGAAGAAGCCAGAUGAUGGUCAAAUCAAAAACAAGUCAGAAGGUCAAUUGCAUGGUGAACAAAGGCAUAAGAAGGGGAAUUUUCAAAGUAACCUCACGCCUGAGCUAAAAAUUGAAAGCUGUUUCUCCAAAGGAGAUGGCCUUUACGUUCCAGAACAAAUGUUCCAAAGCCUUCAUCGAAACAAGCACUGGAAUCAUGGUGUUUUCAGACAAACCACGGAUAUCAAAAGAAAUCCAUCUUUCAAGGCUAUGUUCCCAGAUAUUGUAGGUGUGCCUAUUGUUCAGCCAUUACUCAAAGAAACAAAUUUUGAAUCAACUCUGCCAAAUAACAACAGGUCAAUAUCUAAGCUACCUUUCCGAUCUAAAAUUUUAGAAACGGAUGUUGCUGUGCAACUUGCAGAGGCUUUGAAGGUGCGUAAGAUUUGUGAUAAAUUUCAGUCUGGUUUUCACACUAUGAAUUUCACUGAAACUGCUGUCAUUAAGGUUUCCAGAAAUCUUUAUAAUGGCUGCUGA